CUCCUGGGUCCACCAUGAACUGGACGAUCUUCGAGGGGCUCCUAAGCGGGGUCAACAAGUACUCCACAGCCUUCGGGCGCAUCUGGCUGUCCCUCGUCUUCAUCUUCCGAGUGCUGGUGUACCUGGUGACUGCUGAGCGUGUGUGGAGUGAUGACCGCAAGGAUUUUGACUGCAACACCCGCCAGCCAGGCUGCUCCAACGUCUGCUUCGAUGAGUUCUUCCCCGUGUCCCAUGUGCGCCUCUGGGCCCUGCAGCUCAUCCUAGUCACGUGCCCCUCGCUGCUGGUGGUCAUGCACGUGGCCUACCGGGAGGCUCGGGAGAAGAAGCACCAAGAGGCAGUGGGGGAGUAUGGUGGGCGCCUCUACCCAAACCCCGGCAAGAAGCGAGGUGGGCUCUGGUGGACGUAUGUCUGCAGCCUGGUGUUCAAGGCCAGUGUAGACGUUGUCUUCCUUUAUGUGUUCCACUCAUUCUACCCCAAAUACACCCUCCCCGCUGUGGUCAAGUGCCACGAGGCUCCGUGUCCCAACACGGUGGACUGCUUCAUCUCCAAGCCCUCAGAGAAGAACAUCUUCACUCUCUUUAUGGUCAUCACGGCCGCCGUUUGCAUCCUGCUCAACCUCGUGGAGCUGGCUUACCUGGUGAUCAAGAGGUGCCGCGAGGGCCUGGCAGCAAGGAAAGCCAGGGCCACCUGCGUCUCUUCCUGCAAACAGGACGAUCUCCUCUCAGGAGACCUCAUUUUUCUGGGCUCAGACACUCACCCCCCUCUCUUACCAGAACGCCCUCAAAACUACAUGAAGAGAACCAUUGUGUGA